UAGUGGAACAAUGCUUAGACCGGGAAACCGAGGCGGGGACAAUUAUCCCGCGACAACCAUUCCAUUAGUUGAACCGUCGCUCAAAUCUAUCGCGAGAGACACUAUCUAAAGGCUGUAGCCUCUCCACGAUCAUUCUGUGAAUGAAGAGGGCGUUUUGACAAGAGCUGGACAUGAAUUUUGUACCUUCACCGUUUCUUACCCUAAACGGGACCCGGUCUUUUGCGUCCGGUUUCCCAGCUCCGGUUUUUAAGCCUGGAUUUGGAAUGUGCGGUAGUAAUUUUUCUUUUAAACAGUUCCUUCACGGAAAGGAUUUUGAUUUACGUGACAAUUCUCUCCAAGGACAUCUUCCAUCGCCGGUGUCACUCUACCUGUCGCCAUUUUUACCUUCGACUUUUAACACGAGCUUCAAAGAUGUGUCGUCUGCUCCAUCUUGGAAACCCCAUUUAUCAUCAACAGACGACAAUGAGCGGGAUAAAUUGGCGCCGAGUCGAAGCGAUAAGACAGAAACCUCCGACUGUGAAGUGGACAGCACUGUUGAUAAACUGGACAAUUCCUCUCUUCUUGCCAACAGGAAGAAGAAAAAGCGACGGCACAGAACCAUCUUCACAAGUCAGCAGCUUGAUGAAUUAGAGAAGGCAUUUAAAGAUGCUCAUUAUCCGGACGUGUACGCACGAGAAGUCAUUGCCAUGAAGACAGAUCUCCCGGAAGAUCGGAUACAGGUCUGGUUUCAAAACCGUCGUGCAAAAUGGCGCAAAGCGGAGAAGACGUGGGGACGAAGCAGUAUAAUGGCGGAGUAUGGGCUGUACGGAGCCAUGGUCAGACACUCACUUCCUCUUCCGGAAACUAUUGCAAAAGCUGCUGAUGACGGAACACUGGACACGUGUGCUCCUUGGCUUAUAAGUAUGCAUCGGAAAUGCAAUGACGCUGCAAGGAGCUUUCAUUCAGAAGAGAGGGAUGUCAACGAAGAGACUCCAGAUUCUACAGACACUAUAAAGGCGAGGCACAGCCCUGACCCACGGGUCGAGAUCGUGGAGCUAGGUUUGAAUCCCGACCCCCGUACGGACAGCAUCAACGCUUUAAGGGCCAAGGCACAGGAACAUAGUGCAAAGCUGCUCAGAACUUUCUCGACAGGCACUGAUACGGAGAAAUGAUUUUAUACCAAAAGAAAACAGUUCUCUGCCGUUUCUUGUUGGUGGUCCAGUGUUUUAGAAGAUACCUUGUCGCGGGCAUGAGCAGUUGGAGCAUUAGACAAGAAUCGAUAAAUAGGAAGAACUGUCGAGUGUUUUGCUGAUAAACAGUGUGUGUGUCACAUUAUUAUAGGUUGUGUGUCACUUUAUUUAUGCUGAGAAAAAUUGCAUAUGGUUGAAGAACAUUCCAUGUAGAUUCCUGUGCUUAUCUUGACUGAGACAAAACAUACUCCAUGUACGUUGUUAUAAAGAUACAGAGUGAAUGGCACAUACCUUGGUACAGGGUAUUGACAGGUACUUCAAAAGAGAGACACACAAUCAGAGAAAUCUUACAAGGAUUCGUUAAAGCGGUAGACAUUCUCAAAUAUUUAAGACGUUGUUCCUGCCAGUGUCAUUAUGCAGUCGUUGCAAGUGAUUAGCAUCGAGAUAGAUGAAUGAACUUGAUUUUGGACUUAGUUCUAUAUGUGAUAAAAUGAAAUUAUGCGACGAGGUAACUCGUUGUUAUCGGCAUAAUGUAAACCCAUUUUGAUGGAAUGAAGUGUGACAUGCUAUUGGUGAUGUUAAUGCAUGUGUGUACCUGUAAAUAGAACCAUUCUGCUGGUCACCUGUGAGGUUGAACGAUGUGCUGUCCCUUUCCCAAACCUUAAAAGUCCAACACAGAGAUACCAGACCAAGUGGAUUGUGCAUACUGUUACUACAUAGAGACUACUUGGGUGUAAUAGUAUAUAUCAUUGCUUAUAGUCAGGGUAAUGGUGUAUAUACCAAUAUAUGUAUUCACCAUAUGCAUGUGUCACGACUUCACACAAACAUGGCACAACCAAGCGGAACCACUCAUAUUAUAUUUCUUAAGUUUCCAUAUCUGAACGUAAAUACGGACGUGUGUUUUGCAGCGAAAAAAUAAGGUUUUGUUUAUUGAAGAUUGUUUUGAAAUCCUUUCGUCAACAAGCAAAUUCUCUGUUUGACGUCAUUUCACUUGACGUGUGUACUGCGUCAGACCUGGGGCAUACGUCAUUACUACAAAUGUGCUUCGUCAGCAUCUUAGUUAACUGCCGUAAAUUGAAACAUUGAAUGAAUGCAAUUAUAUGCAAUAUGUCCACAGAUUUCGUUUACCAGGACGGGGAGAAGUUUAGAUUAGUUAUGAAAGUCCGUUUGAACUGGGUUGCGUUUAUAACAACGUUUCAAUACAGACAUUCAUAAGUCAUACACAUAGGCCGGAUAUGAAGAUAUGUCAUACCCAUUACAUGCACAUGUUUGUAUGGGAUUUUGCUGUUACUUACCGUAUGGAUUAGUCCUAAAUAGUGCACCUACUGGUAAAGCAUGCUUUUUAUUAUAUUCUUAAGGCUGAAAUACUCUAAAUAUUGGUGAAAAUAAAAAUGGUAUUUUCACUGAGUAGAAUAACAUGUUAUUUCAAUGAGUGGAAUAUAACUUUUGCCUGGAACUGCUUUCUGCUCAAGGGCUAGACUGUAG